AUGGGUAACCGUUUGAGUUCAUUAAACAGUGCUGCUAGUAACGGUUAUCUUGAUGUCACCAAAAAGCUGAUCAGUCAAGGAGCUGACGUGAAUAAGGGAGACGAUGUCGGUUGCACUGCAUUACACAAUGCUUCUAAGAAUUGUCACCUUGAUGUCAUCAUAUAUCUGAUCAGCCAAGGAGCUGAGGUGAACAGGGGAAAGGAUAACGGCUGUAAUGCAUUACACAAUGCUGCUAAGCAUGGUCAUCUUGAUGCCGCCAAAUAUCUGAUCAGCCAAGGAGCUGACGUGAAUAAAGGAGAUAAUUACGGUUGGACUGCAUUGCACGGUGCUGCUUCGAAUGGUCAUCUUGACGUCACCACACAUCUGAUCGGACAAAGAGCUGAAGUGAAUAAGGGAAACAAUAAGGGUUGGACUGCAUUGCACAGUGCUGCUUCGAACGGUCAUCUUGAUGUCUCCAAAUAUCUUAUCAGUCGAGGAGCUCAGGUGAAUACGAAAGAUGAUGAGGGUUGGACCAUAUUGCACACUGCUGCUUCAAACGGUCAUCUUGAUGUCUCCAAAUAUCUCAUCAGUCAAGGAGCUGAGGUGAAUACGGGAGGUGAUGAGGGUUGGACUGCAUUGCACAGUACCGCUUCAAACAAUCAUCUUGAUGUCACCACAUAUCUAAUCAGUCAAGGAGCUGAGAUGAAUAAGGGAGAUAAUGACGGGUGGACUGCAUUGCACAGUGCUGCUUCAAACGGUCAUCUUGAUGUCACCAAAUAUCUGAUCAGUCAAGGAGCUGACAUGAAUGGGGGAAAUAAUGACGGGUGGACUGCAUUGCACGGUGCUGCUUCAAACGGUCAUCUUGAUGUCACCAAAUGUCUCAUCAGUCAAGGAGCUGAUGUGUUUAAGGGAGACAACGACGGUUGCACUGUAUUCCAUUGUGCUGCUAAGAAUGGUCAUCUUGAUGUCAUCAAAUAUCUGAUCAGUCAAGGAGCUGACGUGAUAAAGGGAGAUAAUGAGGGUUGGGCUACAUUGCACACUGCUGCUUCAAACGGUCAUCUUGAUGUCACCAAAUAUCUCAUUUGUCAAGGAGCUGAGAUGAAUACGGGAAAUGAUGACGGUUGGACUGCAUUGCACGGUGCUGCUUUAAACGGUAAUCUUGCUGUCACCAAAUAUCUUAUUAGUCAAGGAGCUGAUGUGAAUAAGACAGAUAAUGGCGGUUGCACCGUAUUUCAUAGUGCUGUUUCGAAUGGUCAUCUCGAUGUCGUCAAAUAUCUAUUCAGUAAAGGCGCUGAAGUCAAUAGGGGAAGCAAUGACGGUUGGACUGCAUUACACAUUGCUACUUCAAAAGGUCAUCUUAAUGUCUCCAAAUAUCUCAUCAGUCAAAGAGCUGAGGUGAAUAAGAGAAGCAAUAAGGGUUGGACUGCAUUGCACAUUGCUGCUUCGAACGGUCAUCUUGAUGUCACCAAAUAUCUCAUCAGUCAAGGAUCUGAGAUGAAUAAGGGAAAUAAUGACGGUUGGACUCCAUUGCACAGUGCUACUUCGAACGGUCAUCUUGAUGUCACCAAAUAUCUGAUCAGUCAAGGAGCUGAGCUGAAUAAGGGAGAUAAUGAGGGUUGCACUUUCUUACACAAUGCUGCUUCGAACGGUCAUCUUGAUGUCACCAAAGUUCUGAUCAGUCAAGGCGCUGAGGUGAAUAGGGUAAAUUAUAACGGUUGGAUUGCAUUGCACAGCGCUGCUAAGAAUGGUCAUCUUGAUGUCAUCAAACAUCUUAUCAGUCAAGGGGCUGAAGUGGAUAGGGGAAAAGCUAGCGGUUGGACUGCAUUGCACUGUGCCGCUAAGCAUGGUCAUGUUGAUGUCACCAAAUAUCUGAUCAGUCAAGGAGCUGAGAUUAAUAAGGAGGAUAAUAAGGGUUGCACUUUAUUACACAGUGCUGCUUCGAACGGUCAUCUUGAUGUCACCAAAUAUCUUAUCAGUCAGGGAGCUGAAGUCAAUGGGGGAAAUUAUAACGGUUUGACUGCAUUGCACAGCGCUGCUAAGAAUGGUCAUCUUGAUGUCACCGAAUAUCUUAUCAAUCAAGGAGCUGAAGUGAAUAGGGGAAGCGAUGAUGGUUGGGCUGUAUUACACAGUGCUGCUACGAACGGUCAUAUUGAUGUCACAAAAUAUCUCAUCAGUCAAGGAGCUGAAGUGAAUAGGGGAAAGGAUAACGGUUGGACUGCAUUGCACAGUGCUGUUUGGAACGGUUAUCUUGAUGUCACCAAAUACCUCGUCAGUCAAGGAGCUGAGGUAACUAAGGGAGAUAAUGAGGGUUGGACAUCAUUGCACAGUGCUGCUUUGAACGGUUAUCUUGAUAUCACCAAAUAUCUGAUCAGUCAGGGAGCUGAGGUAAAUAGGGGAAAUAAUGACGGUUGGGCAGCACUACACAGUUCUGCUAAUAUAGGUCAUCUUGAUGUCACCAGAUAUCUCAUCAGUCAAGGGGCUGAUGUGAACAGGGGAAAGGAUGACGGUCGGAAUGCAUUACACAUUGCUGCCCAGCACGGUCUUCUUGAUGUCACCAAAUAUCUGAUCAGUCAAGGAGCUGACGUGACAAAGAACGAUAAGGAUGGUAGGACACCUUUACACUAUGCCGUUCAGAAAGGUUACCUUGAAGUUGUUGAAGUCCUUUUGGCAGGAGGAGCACGUUUUGACAAAGGGGACAUUCAUGGACAGACACCUCUACAACUGUGUUUAAUCCUUGGGUACCAAAGUAUCGCUGAUCUAUUCAUCGACCGUUUGAAUUCCAAGGUAAAUAUUUUAACCCCAUGCUUUAUGUCAAAUCUCGAUGAGACCAAAUUUACGUAUAUCUAUCAUGCUACGCAACACGGACAUACCUCUACAAUUGAGAAGUUAGUCUCUAAGGGAGGUGACCUCAAUGUCCAGUCAAGUGAUGGCCAGACGUGUCUCCAUAAAGCCAUUAAACUCUGCUAUGAGAGCAGGAAAAUUGUGCAAAAAACUGAUACACUUAGAAAGAUCUCUGAUGAGUAUUACAAGGGCGACCUAUCACCUGAGAAGGCCUUGGUGUUUUAUCUCCUGGAUAAUGGAGCCAAGUCAGAUGUGAAGGAUGAGACGGGACACCUACCAAUCCAUUACGCCAAGGACGAAGUGGUCAAACAGAUGAUUUUGUCCAGAUUACCUUCUGUAGAGGAAAUCCAGUCUUAUCGAGAUGAGCCAUCAGCACCUGUCAUGGCCUCUCUUCAAGUCGAAAGGAAUGCCUGUCAGGAAAUCAAACUAGAAGACCAUGGCGUAUCACUGUUUGUUCCUCCGAAGGCUGUUCAUCAGAAUGACUCGAGCAAUAUCACCAUAACCCUCUUAAGAGACCCUCUCAAUGUUGACAUCCGAGAUGAUGAAUCAAUAGCCUGUUUUGGGAUCAGAUGUGACCCUCCGACCAUGAUGUUUCACCAACCUGUUAAGAUCAUUAUACCGCACUCUUCCUUGGUCGUCAACUCUGAUCUAGUGAAGCCAGACAUCGUUUCCCGUGCAUGGGAUUCAGUCAAAGAUCUACCAAUAACAUCAAGAAAGAGAUCCUCCAGCACGCCAGACGUACCACCAUACUGCAGGGUGUACAAGAGACAUCUUGAGCUGUACAUUGAUCACUGUGCUGAAUGGUGGGUUCUAAUUCCUUUCGAACAACAGGUGAUCCGACACCAAUAUGUGUGUACCCCCUACAUCCCAGACAGGAUAGAGAGGGGACAAACGUUUGAGGUUCAUCUCCAGAUGCAUGCGGACCUUCCUGGGAUCGAAAAGAAUAUACAAGUUGAGAAGAAGCAGCAGUCGUACCGUAAGAACCAUCGCUCCGUUCCCUUCAGUGUUGAAUCUAAGUCUGGUGAUGUGACCGUGACGUGUCAUCGUGAAGGCCUCCAAGUUGAAAGCACGGUGAUCAAAAUUUAA